AUGAUUCAUAACUCAGAGGCUGUGACUUGCGUUCUAGACUCAACUGGCUGGGCUAGACAGGGAAGCGGGACCAAUCAGGGCACUAGGUCGUCUACUACGUGUUUACGUGUCACUGUCACAGAAGCGAUCGAUAAAUACGCUGCUUGUCAAAACCUGCAGUCCACACGUUACAACAGAACCUUUCACUAUGUACUCCAUUUCGGACAACAGGGUAUCAAUGCCAAUCAUCACACAAACACUGUGAUUAGAAGUAAGAUAAAUAAACCGAUAACUGAUGUCGUCUUAUAUAUGAUUGUAAUGCAACGUGCACGAGCCUUGAAUAUAUUUAAAAAACUUCACCGUACAUGUGAAAAUGUAUUUAAAGCUGAUAUCGAAACACUACAAGCCGCCAGAGAAAAGAUUAAUGCGGAGUUUCGAGCUAAUCGAAAUGAAACUGAUACUGAAAAAAUAAACGAAUUAUUGAAAAAUGCAGAAGAUUGCGAAACGUUAAUACGAACAGCAGUUAUUCAAAUGGAACUCGUCGAUGCUGAGAAAAAUGUUUAUAGAAUGAAUCUACGUGAAGAUUUAGCGUAUCAAGAUAAUGAACAUUGUGUUAAAGAUAAAUAA